UAGUGGUGCAGUGGUGGUGGCGAUGGAGAUGGUGGAGACUGAGUGUCAAAGAUAAAAGAAACGGAAAAGAAAAACAUAGGGUAUGUUGGUCUAUUUUCAUUGUCUGCAACCACAAGCUAGAUUUGCAGUGUAUUUUUUACAGUACUAGAAGUGAACUCAUCGAAGUUGAAGGAGGUGUCCUGUAUUAGCUGGAAAUGAGCCGAUCUCCAUCCUUUUCAGUAAAGUCAGAACCCAAUUCAAAGGUUGACGAAAAAUGUUUGCAACAAUGGGUUGUGGCCUUUUGCAUCAUUAGGUUUGAUCUUGAACAGGGUCAGCUCAUAGAAGAAUGUUUCCCACCUGGUUGUCUUACCCAAAAUGAGGAGCUUGAAGUUGCUUAUAGUUCGUUUCCGGAUUCUGUUUCCCAGCAUCAUAACCGCUCAAGCAUCCAUGAUUGCAUGUUCUUCUUCCGGAUCCAAACGAAGGAUAAUUCUGAAGCAGCAAAAGUGGUUUCGUCCCAGAUAGUUGAAGUAGAUAACAAUGAAGUGUUCCUAAAGUCAAUAGGCGAAAAAGUGCUGAAAAAUCCAUAUAGUAGUCAGAAUGGUAACAAUUCGAGAUACCUAUAUGGCUUUGUAUUUAAUAGGCAGAGACAUGAUGAGAGGCUUAAGCGAGGCGGUGAACAAAAAUCAGUGGUAAUUCUGUCUCAUAGUCCUUACUCUAGUGUGUUUAGACCUCUUUUACAAAUCAUGGGUCCUCUGUAUUUUGAUAUUGGAAAGAAAGCUCUGGACUAUAUUGCAGCUUAUGUAUCAACAUGGCCUGGUCCGAUGCCUGGUCAUCUGAUGGAACUAGCAAUUGGGAAUGCUACACUUAAAGUGAACUUGCCGCCUGCUCAUAGUUUGCCCUUAAAUAGUGGAUUUUUGUUUGAAGAGUCUGCCUCCUCCAUGGCUCCACUUCUCCCUACUAAUCAGUCAAUCCCGCAGGGACUUUUCCAUGAUUCAGAUCUUUUUGGUAGUUUUAGGGGGAUACUGUUGCAGCUUUGGGUCUUAUGGGAGUUGUUACUUAUUGCUGAACCAAUUCUUGUCAUUGCACCUACACCUCCUCAAUGUUGUGAGGCCGUUGCUGGUCUUGUUAGUUUGGUGGCACCACUCCUCUGUAGUGUUGAUUUUAGGCCCUAUUUCACCAUUCAUGACCCUGAAUUUGCCCGCUUAAACUCACUUAGAGAAGGGGAGACUUUUCCUCCAAUGGUUUUGGGUGUUACAAACCUCUUUUUCUUGAAAGCGCUUCGUAAUAUUCCUCACAUUGUUUCGGUUGGAAGCCCUGCUCCUAAUUCUAGUCGACCUGCACUAGCUCUUAGGGCUUCAACCAGCAGAGUUCCUGCCAGACCUGAAAGCCUUGGCAUUCCAAAUCUUUCCUUGAAGAAGUUUUCUCCUUCAAAUUUAUUGAAUGCUGUGAAGUUGAGAAGAGAUGGCCCUCUUUGCCUCAUGACGGAACACAAGGAAGCCAUUUGGAGUACUUAUGGUGCAGUCACAAAGCCUGACACUUCUAUCUUGAAUAGGCUUAUUGAUGCAGGGAUGUCACCAAGGGUUGAGGAGUCAAUGUCAGUUGUCAACAAUGAGAUACUGCGUCGGCAUUUCUUGGAGCUUACUACCAACUUUUUGGCCCCAUUUGGUCCAUAUUUUAGACCUACCACACUUUCUGAAGGAUCAUCCCCAUUCGUUGACCCGCCUCCUCUUCCUCCAUUCAAUGCCGAUGAAUUCCUUGGAAGUUUAUCAGCGAGAGGUCCCGGCAAGUUUCUAUCAAAGCGAAUGAGAUCGAAUUGGCUAGACCUGUACAAGCGGUUCUUCAAAGGAAGCAAUUUCAAGCCAUGGUUUCAAAGAAAGCGUGCCGUUGCUGAGCAAGAACAACACAGACUGUGGAGGCAAGCCCGAAUGAAGACUGAUGUACAACAUUAUAUAUCUAAAAUGUCUGAAUUGGAAAUUGUUGAUUCCUUCAAUGCUAUUGAGAGACAUCUGCUUGGAGAAAUGCAGGCAAAGGCUGAGUGUUCCAUGAUUUGCCAUUAA